AGAGAGAGAAAAAGAAAAAAGGUAUUCAUUGAAAGCUGGAGUACUUGGCUGGAUUGUUUGGCUUUUCCCUUCUGGUGCUGUAGCAGAGACUGUGAAUUUGGUGGGGGGUGAAGGGAAAACAAUCUGAUUUUUAUUUUAUUAAUUUCUGUUGGGGGAGGGUUGGUCAGAGGUUCUGGAACCCUGCAAGGUGGAGGAGAGAUACAUUGUAAUCCUGCUGAUUGUUGCUCCAGGGAUAGGGGAAACCUGCACCCUGCUCUGCCUGUAAAGAAGAGUUGAAGAAAAGGCACUUCUGAGACCAAGAUCUUCCCACCAUAUUGGGACCACCGCUUCUCUUUUGCCCCUUUGAGAGAACCCCCACCCCUUCCCACAGGGUGAUUUUGAACUGAAGCCUCAGACCUCCAUCGACUUUCAAGGGAGGGGAUCAGCCCUCCAGACACCCCACACCCAACCCACUGCUCUCUCCCCAGCUUCCCCCCCUGUAACCCUCAAAAUCUACAUUUCACCAAUGGAUACAGCAUCUACUUCAACUUUUGAUUCGGAGGAUGGAACUCCAAAUUAUAGGAGGCAAAGGACUGUGGAGGAUUUCAAUAAAUUCUGUACGUUUGUUUUGGCGUAUGCUGGAUACAUACCCUACCCGCAAGAGGAGGGCCCUUUAAGAGCAAGUUCCAGCCCCCCAAAUAGCACAGGAAGUACUGUUGACAGUGAUAGCUGGGACUCAAGGUAUCCAGACCUGUCAUCAUCUGAUGCUGUACCCUUAAAGAAACGAAGAAGUUUUGGUGACUUCAAGCAUGAACGAACCUACUCAAACGCAAUGAAGCGCUCCAAACUGGGGAACUUUCUUCUGGACAGAAAGAAAAUAGACAAAAUUAAGAGGAAGAAGAAGCUCAAGAAAAAGGAGCAUGUGUGUGAAUUGCAAGACCAAAAGUAUAUUGAAGCCUUCAUUAAACUGGAACCGCCAGAUUCACCAAUACAAGAGAGUCCUCCAGUUAUAGAACACCCUUUGAACCUCAAGAUGUCCCCACAACAUCAUAUGCAGGAAUCCAUGUUGGAACAUUCCAACAACAGCAUGGACAGUGCCUCUGCCGGAAUGACUUAUGAUGACGUAGACGACAUAAAGUCAGAGUAUACAGAGGUCAACCUGGGGAAACGAACAGUCAUAAGGCAAGGGAAACAGGUGGUUUUCCGGGACGAAGACAGUACAGGAAAUGACGAGGACAUUAUGGUUGAUUCAGAUGAUGAAUCGUGGCACCUUGUGACCUGUUUUUGCAUGAAGCCAUUUGCUGGGAGGCCGAUGAUUGAAUGUAAUGAAUGUAAUACUUGGAUUCACCUCUCCUGUGCCAAAAUUCGUAAAUCUAAUGUUCCUGAGAUCUACGUUUGCCAAAAGUGCCGAGACACCAAAUUCGACAUCCGCCGAUCAAACCGCUCACGUAUGGGCUGUAGAAAAUUAUUCUUGGACUGAUUAGGAGGCAGGAAUCCUAAUGACUGUGCGUGAAUGGACACACUUUAAAAUAUAAAAGCACACAAAUCUAUGUUACCGUGCAACAAAACUUUAUCUAAGAUACUUUUUUUUUUUUUUUUUAAAUGAAAAAUACGGAAAGACAUAUUUAUGUUUUACCUGGGCACAAAUUUCUAUGAUUGUUUAAAUAACUUUGUUUCGUUAAUGCCCAGAUUGGAGAUUAUAAAGGUUUCAGAAUUAGCUGGAAUAAUCUGAAAAGAAGUCCAAAGUUUCAUUAUGUUUCUUUUUUUUUUUUUUUUGUCCGUCUGCUUUCAAAAUGUUUGUUUUUCCUUCCAAUUUGAAGUCUGCCGCUUGAAAAUUCACCAUUUUUGUUAAGUGCUUUGGUACGAUCUUUUAGUGGCAGCAGGGGCAAUAUCCCGAGGCAUUUCUGUUUGAAGUGAUCAUCCCUUUGUUUACACAGAAACCAGCAGAAACAAAAUAAACAAAAUUUUGAUCAAGGAAAUAUUCUGAAAGGUUGUAAGGACAAACCCAUUAAUAAUUUCAGGUUUAUUUGAAUGUUAUAGCACACAAUAGUUUUAUCUGUAAAUCCUGCAUUGUCU